AUGGGUUGCUCUUGUUCUGACGACUUCUCUGGCGAUCUCUCUGACGAUCGCUGUUGGUGGAUUUUUGCACUAUCCACCGUUGGCACGUUUGCCGUUGGUUUGAUGGUGAUAAUUGUCUUUCGUGUUAUUCGAGCUUUCCUUCUUGUGUGUUGUCCUCGAACGUCGUCAGGCGGGCUUCUGUACGAUGCAUCUCCGGAACUUGUACUGCAACGUGGCCCCGAAGGCUUCAUCGUGAGAGAUGACGCAAAGGGCACGAUGUUAGCCGUCAAACAUUUUGUCGUCGAUCUCUUGUCUCUUGGAAGAACAUCUGGCAAAAUACUGGCGGUCACUACAUUUGUGUUCUCUGUGAUCAGCAUUAUUACUUACUUCAUAGACUCUACAAAGGUUAUUGAACGAUGUAUAUCAGAGAAUGAACCAACAGUUGUCAUCGACUCAGUCGCCAAUGUUUACUUCACUAUUCAUUUUGUGAUGAGGUUUAUUGCUGCUGAGGAUAGGUUGAGAAUGUGGUUUGAACUGGCAUCACUUGUGGAUUUCUUUACUAUUCCACCUAGUGUUGUUACUUUCAUUAAUCGUCGAACUUGGCUUGGUUUUCGGUUUAUGCGGAUCUUAAGAUUGGUCCAGUUUAGUGAGAUUAUUCAGAUCACCGGUAUUAUCAAAUCAGGAUCUAGGCUACAGCUUGCUAUUGCUGGAAUCAAAUUUUGUAGCUUCUGGCUUGCAGCUUCUGGUUUAAUCCAUAUGAUUGAGAAUUAUGGGGAUCCAUGGAAUUACGAAGAUGCUCAGAACAUCACUUAUGGCACAACCCUGUAUUUUACUAUGGUUACCAUGUCAACAGUUGGUUAUGGUGAUGAAGGUGCUAAAACAGCAUUGGGUCGAGGCUUUAUGAUUGUGUUUAUUGUGGGAGGACUGGCUUUGUUUGCCAGCUACACUCCAGUUAUUAUUGACUUCGUUCAAAGCCUAUCGCCUUAUGAGGGUGCUUACAGAAAGAAGGAUGAAAGACCCCAUAUUGUUGUUUGUGGCCAUGUGACUGAAGAGAGCAUUGGCAAUUUUUUGGCUGACUUUUUGCAUAAAGAUCGACCAUAUAAUAACACAGUUGUUGUCUUCCUUCACAUGGAACCACCCAGCCCAGCUGUUGGAGCUUUGGUGAAGAGAUUGUAUACCAGAGUGACUUUUAUCAGAGGCUCCAUUUUACAACCUCGUGAUCUAGAAAGAGUGAAGCUUCGACAAGCUGCAGCAUGUAUCAUAUUGGCUAAUAAAUAUGCAUCUGACCCAGACGAAGAAGAUUCUUCUAAUAUUAUGAGGGUUAUUGCUGCUAAGAAUUGUUGUAAAACUAUUCGUGUAAUAGUUCAACUUAUUCAAGUUGAAAGCAAGUCAUAUUUGCAGAACAUUCCGUUUUUUGAUUCAUGUCGUGGUGAUGAUGUUAUAUGCAUUACAGAGCUCAAACUUGGCAUGAUAGCUCAAAGCUGUUUGUGUCCUGGCUUCUCUACAUAUUUGGCCAAUCUUACAUGCAUGCGAUCAGAACCAAACUUUAUUAUUGGUCGUGACCAAGACGUAGAUGGAAACAAGUGGAAGAAACUGUAUGAGCGUGGAGCUGCAUAUGAACUCUAUGCAACAGAAUUAUCAAAGACGUUUGUGGGGGAAACAUACGAUGAGGCUGUUCGAAUUUGCUAUGAAGAGUUAGAUCUGGUGAUGUUUGGUGUCAGUGUUUCUGAUCAUGCUUUAGGUCGAAGAUUGCUGUUAAAUCCUGCUGGAAAAUGGUUGUACAUAACAUCUAACACUGUAGGGUUUUUUAUUGCACAAGAUUCCAAACAGCUAGAGAAGGUAAAGAAGUAUGGAUUAUAUGGACAAGAAAAGAACGUCAAACCUUCAGCUACAGUGGAAAUGACAAAUCUUAGUGAAAGUGAAACACCGUCUCCAUUUAAUAGAAGGACUGCUCGUUCUUCCAUGUCCAAUCUUUGGAAUAAAAUUGUGUCACCUCGUCAUGUGUCAAGUAAAUUGUCAUUUGAGACAUGUCCAUCUCAAAGGAGGUAUUUUCCUUUUCACGUAUACGUGGAGCAAUAUCAUACAGUAUCUGCAAGGAGCUACAACGAUGCAAUACUACAAGCAGAGGAGUGUUUGCAAUUGUGCAGCCAUAUUGUAGUCAUCAUUUUUGGUGCAAAAGACUCUCCCUUACUUGGACUCAAUUAUUUGCUGAGACCGUUGAGAAGUCAUCACAUUGAAAUAGAAGACUUGAAGCAAGUUGUAUUUGUGGGAAAUUCAGAGUAUCUACGAAGAGAAUGGCCAUGUUUGGAGCAGUUUGAGAAAGUUGGUGUCAUUGAGGGAUCACCUUUAGAUGGCAAUGUAUUGCAGAAAGCUGCAUUGAACUACUGUGACAUGUGUGUUAUCCUUUCUCCUCGACCAAAUGACAAACAAGGAGCUAGUAUAGAAGACUUCACUUUGAUGGACAAGGAAAGUGUUUUGGCCAGUCUCAAUAUAAAGGGAAUGAAAUACAAUGAAUUGGAGAACAAUCCUCUUGUUCUUCAUGCUGGAGGUCCAUCAGUUGUUGGAACAGAGGCUCGAAAGAGGAGGGCACGAGAACGACCUGUUAUUGAUGGUUCUGAUAUACCCACUCUUACUGAACUGAUACUUGACACAAACGUGCAGUACCUUGACUUUGAGGAUGAUGACGACGAUGCUAUUGAGUUAUAUCGUACCACAUCUUUUGCAGCAGGCAGUGUCAUUGCUACAUCAGUUAUUGACUCAGUAAUGAGCGCGGCAUAUUUCAAUUCUGAAAUAGUAACAGUCAUCAAGCAGAUCAUUUCUGGUCAGACAGGAAGUAGAAGAUCUAAACCCUUAGCAGAGUCUGAUGUUGAAAUGGGAAAGGAUGACGUUGAAAGGAACACAACAGCUGAUUAUCAUUGUUAUUUUGAACAUAUGGAUCUGUCUUCAAGUUCUUAUUCUCAUUUUGGAGAGGAACGGCGCGCUUAUGGUGAACUGUUUUUGGAGUUGCUCAACAAUGAGGGAAUACUCUGUUUGGGUAUUUUCCGAUAUCAGAAUUUCGAGCAACAGCGUACACGCUGUGUCAUUACAUCGCCUGCUUUUACCUUUAAUCUACAUUGCAGCGAUAAAAUCUUUGUGCUCCACAGUAGAAAGAUUGGUGGGCAAGAAGGCAGAGCAAACGAGGUGCUCCAGUUUAAUCAUACAGUCCAGUUGACGCCUGUAAAAACAGUGAAAGUGAAGGAACAAAAUCAUCCUCUUUUUGGGUCUCUUGAAGAUGUUUCUGCUGUGUAAUUUAUCAUAUCUGGAUAUGAGAUGGCAUUCGAUCAUUUUCCACCAAUAUUGUAACUAUGAAUUAAAUACACCUUGAAACCACCUGUAGUAGAAGUACAGGGUUUUUUCUUUAGUUGAAGACUAUUUACUGUGAAUCCUGCCAGAUACACGUAUAGCGCUAUGGGCACAGAAGAGUCUAUAGCUUUAUAGAGUCAUAAAAUAGAUCAGUCUGUAGUAUAUACGAAAAAAGUUUGUCAAUACUA